UGUUUCCCUCCCUCCCCUUCUUCGAGCCACCAGUUUAUGUGCUCCCGUCGCCUACGGCGCGCGAGUGUGACGUCAAGGCGUAUGGCGCUUCAACGUGAAACGGGCAAGGCCUGUCAGAAAAUGGCCGCACUAGGAUAAAGCGUGGGGCGGGCAAAUAUGCUACAGAUAGUCGUCAGAGCUUGGUUGGAAAGCCAGUGGAGACUGACACAUUCACAUCUACAAAGUUGCUUACUGCAAAAGAGCUGGCACAGGAAUCUUAGCACAACCUGUGCAAGAUGUUCAAAGUCUCGGCGGCUGGGACAUAAAAGAAACAUUUCGGAAAAGAAGCUGACCCGAUGCUUUGUAGAUCAUCGAAGGGUUUAUGUAGUAGCAGGCAAAGGAGGCAAUGGUAUUAGCUGUUUUCACAGUGAGCCUAGAAAAAUACACGGAGGUCCUGAUGGUGGAGAUGGAGGAGAUGGAGGACAUAUUAUACUGAAAGUGGAUAAGCAACUGAAAUCCUUGGCUUCUCUUCUUCCACUCUACCGAGGUUUCAGUGGAGUAAAGGGAGGGAGGAAAAACUGCUUUGGAGCUGCUGGCAAAAGCAUUUACAUUAAGGUGCCCAUUGGUACUGUGGUUAAAGAGAACUGUACUGUUGUGGCUGACCUCAACCACCAUGGUGAGGAGUAUGUUGCAGCCUAUGGUGGAGUUGGAGGGAAAGGCAACCAUUUCUUUCUGGCCAAUGACAACCGAGCACCAACAACAGCUACUGAGGGGGAACCAGGUCAAGAAAGAAUUCUUCAUUUGGAGCUCAAGACUAUGGCCCAUGCAGGGAUGGUAGGAUUCCCUAAUGCUGGGAAGUCUUCACUGUUGCGAGCAAUCUCCAAUGCAAAACCAGCCGUGGCUUCUUACCCGUUCACAACCUUAAAUCCACAUGUAGGCAUUGUCCGUUAUGAAGGCUAUGAGCAAGUUGCAGUUGCUGAUAUCCCUGGGAUAAUAAAAGGAGCCCAUCAGAAUAGGGGGCUGGGCUUAGCCUUCCUAAGGCACAUAGAACGUUGCCGCUUUCUUCUGUACGUGUUGGAUCUCUCAGUGUCUGAGCCCUGGACUCAGCUGCAAGACUUAAAAUACGAGCUGGAACAAUAUGAAGAAGGCUUGUCAAAGAGACCUCAUGCCAUCAUCGGAAAUAAGGUGGAUCUUCCACAGUCAAAGAGCAAUUUAUCUCUCCUCAAGAAGCAAGUGGAACAGAGAGUCAUCCCAUUGUCUGCUCUGACAGGGGAAAACCUGGAGGAAUUAUUUUUGCACCUGAAAGAACUGUAUGAUGAGUACGUCAAAACAGGAGAAGCACAGAGCCAUGAGCCCAUCAAGUGGUAGCUGGCCCCAGAGGUCCUCUUCAGCCACAUUUUGGUAGAAAGCGGGUGGUGGGGUGGGCAAAAUACUUUGAUUUCAGAAUGUGUAUCUGUAUUGGGCAGUUAACCAUAGAGUUUUCUCCCUAUCCCCAGCCAAAAGCUAAAGCAGCACACAGAAAUAACAUUUUUUAAAAAAUGGGAGCUAAUGACAACAGAGCAUGAUUCACUACUAGACACAGGCAUCUGGAGGAACAAAGAAAAUCUGAUAUGUAGUCAUGUAAGAAUUAUUCUCAUUUUAUAACUCCAAUAGCAACUGAGUCCUAAGACCAGGCCAGAUAAUCCUGGUUCCAUUCAAAACAUGGUGUAAAACCUGUUAGUUAAAUUAAGAUAAUUGCUGCUGCACUCUGUACUACAGGUCAACCCCUUCAAUGAUCUUAAUUUAUUUACCAUGAGCGGCUGCUAGUAAUGUUAGCCUAUACCAGUCACUUUUCCUCUUAUUCAUAUGCUUUAGAAUUAGAUGAAUGGAAUUGAGUGAUGUUAUAUAGAGGAGUAAUCGAAACUUGCAGAAUCAGUGCUUUUAAAACUAAAAACAUUUCCAAGCAAAAUCAGUAUUUUCCUGUUCUCUUCAAUUAGAAAAAACAGUCUAGUUUCUAGGAAUUUCUAUAUAAAAAUGUCAAAAUAAGUUCCAUGAGCCUAUGGGGAAUAAAUUUACAUAAAUAAAUGUCUCAUCUGUAACAAUAUUCUUAAAACAGGUUUUGUUUCUUUGUGUUGUCCCUAUUUUGGUAGCUUGAAAUUCCAGUUUGUGUCCUUGGUUUAAUUAAAAGCCUAAUUUUUAUGGUGGUGUACAUUUUCAUAUUGAUACCUCAACUGGAAUCCUUUGUCUUGCUGUAUUCUUACUUCUCUCUGCAAAAAAUAAAACACAGUAUCUAAUUUGCCUUAAAAAAAGG